GCAACCACCUGCCGGACUCUCUCUACCUGUACACCCUUUGAUCGGACCGGUGGUGCACUUGUCCGUGGAUACCGGUUGACGAUUUUUCAACGAGGCGUCGGCGAGUUUUAUCGAAACCAUGAAGUACAACAGCUGCGCGGCACUGGCGCUCGUCUGUCUGGUGUGCGUCACGGAGUUGAGGAUCCAGGCGUUGGCCGCCCUGCCGCCCCAGUGCCACCCCAACAAGCUCCACGAGCUGCCGAGUCGAGUGACCAGGGUUUGCAUGGCCCUGCUCACCAUAAGGGACCUCGGCACCUCCAUGGAGCAGUACAUCAUGGAGAACGCCCCGAUGUUGAGCGUGGACGACUUGGACGCCCUGCCGCAGAGAGAUACCAUGAAGCGCCAGGACGUGGACCACGUGUUCCUGCGCUUCGGGAAACGCCGCUAGGCAACCAAUGUAUACUCGUGGCUCGUGCGACUGGGAGUGACGACCGACCCACCAGCAUCGAGAUUUUUUUUUCUUGUCGUUACACACGCGCGAUUGUACGUUAGACCAAAGAUCGUUUUAUUUACAUCAUCCCUGUACUGUAUAAACACAAGCGUACGUGUAUCUAUUGAAUCUUUCUUGUUUUUAUGA